AUGUUUCGCGUUGCUUCCUUCUCAGCACAAGUCGUUGCUGCCAGCUUUGCACAGCCAACUUUGCUUGUCUUGCAGGCGCUUUUCGGAGACAUCGGUGGUGGUACGGGUCAGCAUCAAGUGCCCCGUGCCAUCUCAAUUGUGGGCUUUUCCUUUGUGAAAGCCUUCUCGAAAGAUCUGUUUGGAUCCAAGAAGCCCGCCUCUUUGAAAGACGUGGAAUUGAACCCGCAGGCAGUAUUUGCAGUCAUGAGCAUCAGUCCGAAUGGGCGGCUGAGUGAGGAGGUCCUGGCCCAUUCCAUAGAAGGCUUCUACACCCAGAGUUCUUUGAUUCCAGCAGGAAUUGCCAUAGAAGCUUUGGCCCCAUGGUCUGGCAAGAUGGCCUGUGGGCUACGCAAAUGUGUGGAGAAGUUCCGAAAAAUUUACCGCGAGACACCUGGCAAGUCCAAGAGCGAGAAGCUCACUGCACUGAAACUGCGCAUGAAGAAUGCCAGAUGUGAGCCAUCUCCUGACGCUCAUACUGGCGUGGGACUGGAAGAGGACGAUCUGAAUGAGUUGGUCCAGCCGCACUGCGACCAGCCGCAGUGCGACAAGUUGGAGCUGGCCUUGCCACCUCCCACUGCCAAGCCAGAUUUGGCCGCUUUGGCAUUGAAAAUGAAAAAGCACACGGAAGCCUUAGCCGCAGCUGCCCGCCCAGUGGCCACCCCAGCUCGCAGCAACUACCAGCUGCCGGACUUUGUGGUCACCAGUUUGGCAAACCAGGCUCAGGCGGGCGAGGCCAAGACAAAAAAAGCACCGAAACGGAAGGCGAAGAAGAACAAGAGUGGCCUCAAGAAAUCUGUGGUAGCUGGCCCUGAAGAGGAAGCAGCAUUGGCACUUCCUUCAGGAAUCUCUGCUGGGGCAGUUGCUGAAGGGCCAAGAGUGGAGUCAAGUGGCUCUUCCGACCAAGCGUUGGGCACUGAGGGUGCGACAUACCAGCCGAGGGUCUUUAGCAAGGCUCGACUGGCGUACAUUGCUGAGAAGAGAAAGGAUGGCGCGACCUUCAAGCAGGCCAGUGGCAUGUGGAUGGCCUCCAAUGAGAGAGCCACCUACUUGGCGACGUUGUAUAUGAUUUCUGCGAAUACUUCUGUGGAGAGCAUCGUGUCUCGACUGCUCUCCGCCAAGUCUGGGCCCAAACGCAAGUUUUGCACAUCGUUGGAAAGGUCUAUAGAUAGCGAUCUCACUGAGGUCCGCUUUGCAGGCAGUCCGCCGCUGCAAACGUGGUGUGCAGGAACGCAUGGGCGUAGCCUCAUUUUCCCCUUGGGAAACCAGGGAUACCGCUUCGUGCGGGAAGGGGCCUACCACGAACGCUUCGGAACUUUUCUGGCGCAGCUGAUGAGAGACAUGGACACCACCUGGGAGGACAUAGACUUUACAGAUGCUGACAUGUGGUCAGAUGCUGGCCUUUUGGUGCUCGCUCGUGUCCCGUGCCUCCAUAAAGCCUGUGUGGCGCCCAUGUCCGUCGAGGAAGAAUUUUUGCCUCUCUAUGAGGAGUUGUUGAAGACUGGCCCGGUCGAUGCUCCGCGGCUUGCAGAGAACACUGGGCUGGAGCUUGAAGAGGCCGACCUGGUCUUGAAGUGCAUAGCUGACUACUUGGAGGAGCACAACAAGAAGCCCCCCAUGAAGAGGCCUGCCAAGAGCGAGCCCAAGGCCAAGCAGUCGGCCGCCAAGGGGAAAGCGAAGGCCGCUCCUGUUUUGGAGGAAGCUCCCGCAGCAGGGUGUGCUGAGACACAACUGGACCGACAAGACACUCAAGCAGUUGACACGCAAGAGAUGGCAUCUUCGCCUGCUGCUGACACCUCCGGUGGAGUGGAUGACGAUGCCAGUGAGGUGCCUGACAAGAGCCCUGCCACCACGGUGCCUGGAGACCUUAAGGAUCCUGAUGACACGGUGAAGGACGAGCUGAAACACCAGGGGACUCAGAGGCACGGGCAGCCUGAUGUCGGAUCUCAGUUGGAGCUUCCGCGCGUUGCAGCUGAAGCGUUGUCUGGCCUUCCCGAUGGACAGCUUCCAAACAGCACAACACACAAGAAGCAAUGGAAUGUUCUGGUCCGUGUGGCCACGGGUCCGCGCAGCACCCAAUUUCCAGAGAUAGCGCAAGUCUUUACGACUGGCUCCAGGAUUCAGCAGAGGGAGUGUUUGCAGAGGUAUCUGCAAAAGGGCGAGAAUUUGGAGCAGUGUGAAGGUACUUUCACUGCGGAGAAAGAAAGUGCAACGGAGAUCUGCGGAACACGAGAGCAACUGACAAUCAAGGCCGACCCUGACGCCCCGAACUGCAUGGAAUCUAUGAGAUUCUGGUGUUUUGUUCACAAGAAAGAAGAAAAUUUGGAAGCUACUCGGAUGAAGACAGCCGUCCAAACACAUGUCGACCCCAGCCAUGUGUUGCAAGCCGUGACUGCUUCGGCACCGUCCUUCUUGAACAGAGUGCCACCUGCUGCGGCGCCUCAAGCACCCCCGCUGCCCCCUUCAAACCGACGAGGUGCUGCGAAGCCAAAGACACAGCCGAAGGCCAAGGGAUCUGGACCUCUGGGGUUAGCCUUGCCUGGAAAAACCCUGGCGGAGAAGAUCCAAUUGGCACGUGCUGCUCUGAGCUUUUGUUUGUGCGGUUUGCCACUGCAGGAUGCAGGCACCGAGUUGAAGAAGGAGCUGGGCAGCCUUAAUAACCUUCAGGUGGACCUCAAGGGCAACUCUGCGGCGCAUCCAAAGUUUGCUGCAGGGCUGGACGAGCUGGUGGUUCACUCCGACAACUUGACUGACCUGUUCACCAGGGUUGGAGAAGCCGCCACUGAUGUCGACUUUGACCAGUGGCUGCAAGAUGCUGCUGAUGAGGUCACCAAUUCCCGGCUGAAGCGGGCGGAGCUUGGAGCUGUUCUGAAAGAGUUCAAGAAGAGGCAGCUCCUCAUGUUUGGUGCUGUUGCUUUCUUCUUAUGUUUUGCCGCAGGAUUGCAGGCAAAUGAACUGAUCGAGUCUGGUUAUGAUGACGUUCUUGGGUGCGGGUCCUGUGACUAUUGGAACACUCUAAGCCAACAAUUUGGCAUUGAACCACCACCGGAUGGAAAGAACGCUGUAGGCAUACAAUUUUUUGGAGAUGAAGCUGAGAUCUACAAGACCAGUCAAGGGCUUUUCUUUAAGCCUGGUUUCGCUCGACAUCAUGCAUAUUUGGCAUCUUGGAUUUGGACGCGACCUGGCAUCGUCGAUUCUUCUAAUUCUGCUACGCUCCCAUGUUUUCCAUGGCUCCAACGCAACUCGUCUCCAAGAACAGCUGUGUAUAAUGUGUGA